UUAAAAUUACAAUAUACUCAAUUUCAAUGAUCUCUGCAAGAUCUGUAUGUUUAUUUGUACAGUGUCGUGCGCAAUAAAACCAGUACAGUCUUGAGCAAAGGUAGGAAGUUGAUGAUUAAUGUCACGGUCAGCGAGGUUCUGACUCUUGACAAGUGUAUAUAUGAAAACCAUGAUUUUUUAAGUAACAAAGUGAGUAUUAUUUGUGAAGAAGUUUAUUCAUAAUAUACAUCAAGAUGGUGGAACCAAUUUUUGACUAUCAGUUUCGUCUGAUACUUAUUGGUGACAGUACAGUCGGAAAAAGUUCAUUACUGAAAUAUUUUACUGAUGGGAAGUUCGCAGAGCUUUCAGAUCCAACAGUAGGAGUAGAUUUUUUCGCUAGAUUAAUUGAAGUAAAAGAUGGAACAAGAAUAAAAUUACAAUUAUGGGAUACUGCUGGCCAAGAAAGAUUUAGGUCAAUUACAAAAUCCUACUAUAGAAAUUCUGUUGGAGCCUUGCUUGUAUAUGAUGUUUGUAAUAGAGCAAGUUUUGAACAUAUUCCUCAAUGGAUGAUGGAUGCUCGUAGACAUAUUGAACCACAUCGUCCUGUAUUUGCAUUGGUAGGUUGUAAAUUAGAUUUAGUUACCAAUGGAAGUAGACGAGAAGUUUCAAAGGAAGAAGCAAGAGCUUUUGCUGAUGAGCAUGGAGUACAUCACAUUGAAACCAGUGCAAAAACUGGAAUUAAUGUUGAAGAGGCAUUUCGAACAGUUACUCAGGAAGUUUAUAAUAGAAUACAGACUGGUGAAUACAAAGUAGAAGAUGGUUGGGAUGGAAUAAAAACUGGAUUUGCUAGACCUGGUGGUUUAGAUUUUAAUCUAGUCGAAGCAGAACCUGCAAAGAGUUCUUGUUGUUAAGUUAAAUUUUAAUUUGUUAUAAUAUAAAAAAUAAUAAUAUUUAGAAUGCAGUGUUCUAUUAUAUAUGUAAUAGAAAUUAUUACAUUAUUAUUAAUUUCUUAUAUUUUUCUGUGAAUUAUUCUUGAUACUAAAAGUAAUUAAAAUAAAAUUUUUUUAAUAAUUUUAUUUGAUAAAAGAAGAGGAAAAUUCUAUUUUUUAAAAAUUAUAUUUCACUGCAUUCUUAUUUUAGAAGAAGAAUUUAUAAUAAAUUUAAAAAAUGUAUAUAAAUCUUGAUUAGACAUUUUUGUACAUAGCUUGUAUAAACUAAAUGAUUAUAUAUCUUUGAAACACAUAGACAUUGAACUAGGACUGUUUUCUAUCUUAUUUAAGAUCCAAAAUAUUUAAAUAUAAAAAAAGUUCAUGUUCAUAAUAUUAA